AUGUCAGCGUCGGAAGUUAGGCCACAGAUGGUUUGUUGACUUGCGCAUAAAACUUAUUUUUAGACUACCGAAGAGGAGCAAGAGCUGAAGUUUAAGUCCAAGUAUCCCGGCUUAGCGCAGAAGGGUGCUGGAUCGUUAUUACUACAGAAACGACUUAACCGCGGUGUAAGAUUAAUUUUAAUCAUUUGUAACAAGGUGUAGUUGUAUUCGCGCUCUCUCGUAUUGUUUCAGUUUUAUUGAUUUUUUUUGGGUGAUGGUUACCGUGUGUCUUGGUGUCGCUAAAUGUUAUUCACAGCCAUAUGUGUGCGGUUAUCUUCCCCCACCUUCAUCUAAUCGUGUCUUAAGUGGCGUUUGCGUCUACAGUGUUGAUGGAUAGGCAGUGAGUCCUGUUUUUCGGAAACCGACCCGGCGGAUAGCCUAUGUCUCGGUUUUCUGUGGUCUGACACAGUUUUCGCCCUUUGUUUCGUAUCGUUUCAACGGUGGUAUUGCAUUAUUCAUAGGUUGAUUUAAACGUCUGGGUGCCCAACGGCGGGGUUGCUCUGGGCGACAGAACGAAGUGUGCUUUAGCUUUGACAGCCCCUCUAAUAGGCACGAUUAGUCAUCUUGGACGCGUCGUCACCGUUAAUAUGCAAAUGCACGUACACUCUGAGCCAAGAUAGACGAUUUAAACGUACAAGUUUGUUUUCGUCUUUUGACCAGUCAUGCAUCUUUCCAUACCAUUGUCUUCCUGUUGAAUUGGCCUGCCUGUAAUCCUUACUGCAGUGAAGUUAAUUUCGAGAAGUUUUAAUUCUCAAGUGCUGCUGGAUGUCUUAUCUGGACUGAAUGUUGCUUCCCUGCUUUUAGUGCUCUUGUACUUCAACUCGUAAGCAGUUCCUUUCUCAGUUACCAGCAACAGCCCCGCCAAACUCUCCGAUUUUAAAAUCAAAAAACACCUUUGUACAUUUUGCAGUCGAGGCAUUGUCACGAAAAGACCAAACGUAUGUAGGCUUUCAACUUCUUAUAAGCGAAGCCUGAGGAAUUAUCUAACAUAGAUCGGUCCUUCAAAUGUCAGCGGAAGGCAUGCGAGCUGUUGCUUCCGUGACUCGAAUGACAAGCGAACCAUAAUUAUUUGAUCGCGACCUCCUUGAAUGUUAAGUAUCGCGUCGUUGUCUCCACAUGUCAGCUUCUAACAGGAACAUUAAAACUCAUCGUCACUUUUUCGGAAACCUUCGAGCUAGUUGUCUUUUUCUUUCUUACCUAGAGCUUUAUGCGUCUCUUAAGGAAGAGUCGCCUCACACCCAACUCUACAAUCUUAAUGCCCUUGUGUCUUGUUUAUUUCCACCUAUUACUUAUUCUGCUUUUCAAAUGCUAUGCAGACCUUUAUUGGUUCAUGGCUAAAGAUGAGGAAAAAUAUUUUCUAGCACAAAUUCUUUGACUCCGGUGAUUACAACGUGGCUCGGGCGAAGAUUUCACAGCAAAGGAGCACUCCAGCUCAGGCUCGAACAGACGAAGAAAUGUUACACGAGUCGACGGGUGAAGUCAUUGCGACCCCGGAGAGCGUUCCAGCUGUAAGAAAGAAAUCUAUGGUUGGGGAGGCUGCUGCAGAACUACUCGGUCCCUCACAGCCCCUCUUAGUGUCCCCUCGUGCUAGCCAAGUGCUUUCAUCUGCUACAACUCGUAUGGAUAAGAACUCCACCCUUUCUCACUCGUAA